AAACCGGAAGGGGAGGCGCUGGGGCCUGGAGGAGCGGCCUGUGUCGCUGCGGUUGCCGGUGUUUGCGGGUAGCGGGGAGCCGGGCCGGCGGGCGGGCUGUGUCGCGAUGCCGGAGCUGGCGGUGCAGAAGGUGGUGGUCCACCCCCUGGUGCUGCUCAGUGUGGUGGAUCAUUUCAACCGAAUUGGCAAGGUUGGAAACCAGAAGCGGGUUGUUGGUGUGCUUUUGGGAUCAUGGCAAAAGAAAGUACUUGACGUAUCCAACAGUUUUGCAGUACCUUUUGAUGAAGAUGACAAAGAUGAUUCUGUCUGGUUUUUAGACCAUGAUUAUUUGGAAAACAUGUAUGGAAUGUUUAAGAAGGUCAAUGCCAGAGAAAGAAUAGUUGGGUGGUACCACACUGGCCCCAAGCUGCACAAAAACGACAUCGCCAUCAAUGAGCUCAUGAAAAGAUACUGCCCCAACUCUGUAUUGGUCAUUAUUGACGUGAAGCCAAAGGACCUGGGACUUCCCACCGAAGCUUACAUUUCAGUGGAAGAAGUUCAUGAUGACGGAACGCCAACAUCGAAAACCUUUGAGCAUGUGACCAGUGAGAUCGGGGCAGAGGAGGCUGAGGAAGUUGGCGUGGAGCACUUGUUAAGAGACAUCAAGGACACUACAGUGGGAACUCUCUCCCAGCGGAUCACAAACCAGGUCCAUGGUUUGAAGGGACUGAACUCCAAGCUCCUGGAUAUCAGGAGCUACCUGGAGAAAGUAGCCAGCGGCAAGCUACCAAUCAACCACCAGAUCAUCUACCAGCUACAGGAUGUCUUCAACCUGCUUCCGGACGCCAGCCUGCAGGAGUUCGUCAAGGCCUUCUACCUGAAGACCAAUGACCAGAUGGUGGUGGUGUACUUGGCCUCACUGAUCCGCUCUGUGGUCGCCUUACACAACCUCAUCAACAACAAGAUUGCCAACCGCGAUGCAGAGAAGAAGGAGGGACAGGAAAAGGAGGAGAGCAAGAAGGAAAGGAAAGAUGACAAAGACAAGGAGAAGAGUGACGCGAAAAAAGAAGAGAAAAAGGAGAAAAAGUAAAUCGUGUAGCUUUUUUAAUUUGUAAAUUAAAAUCUUAUAAACUAACUCCGAGUGCCACUAGAGGGUUCUUUGUCACAUUCAGCGCUUGUUAAAAGGCUAUCCUGGCAAGCGCACUCUGCCUCGGUCACCCUUGCUGUGGCAUUUUGUGGAGAUGAAUGGACAGAAGGACCGAGCUCAACCCUACGCCACAGCUUCAGUUGCAUGAAUUGGUGUGGUGGCUCAGGUGUCCGAUUAUGAGAACAACAUAGCCUUUGAAUCUCUUUGUUCUUCUAUCCUUAAAACUGCAAUUUUUUUUUUCCUAUCUUACAAGAUCCAUGGGUGACAAUUGACAUAAUUGCUAAAUGGAAUUCAUGAAUCCCAUACUCUGCCACCCAGCACUGGAGCUCAGACCCUUCUGAACUCUUCAGACCAUACCACAUUGUGGGGCCUGUAACGCUAGCAUUCUUAGGGCUUGGGGUCCAGGUCCAUGUAUUGUUUACUUUCAAAGAUACAAUUAAAUGGCUUGGUUUUUAA